AUGGUGGAUCAACGCCCUCGUGCGGAAAGCAGGAGCUUCACAGCUCCCUGCUUGAUUGGGAUUAAUGGACACUUUGCGUCCGUGGGGGAUGCGGCGCACGAUCCCAAGGCUUAUGAGCAUGGAGUGCAGGUAAUCGACGAGGAGAAGGAAUUCAAUCCCAAUCUUUCCAAGUACCUCUCGCUCGAAGAUGUCACCAACGCCGGCUUCAACUACCACCUCAUCUCCGUAUUCGGAUCGCAAUCAACCGGAAAAUCCACACUCUUGAACCACCUUUUUGGCACACAGUUCUCGGUCAUGUCGGACAGGGAGCGACGGCAAACAACGAAAGGUAUCUGGAUGUCAAAGAACAAGACGAGGCACGAAGACCCAAAUGCGCGUAUGGCGGACAACAUCCUCGUCAUGGAUGUCGAAGGCACAGACGGCCGCGAACGCGGUGAGGAUCAAGACUUUGAGCGCAAAAGCGCUCUUUUCGCAUUGGCGACGAGUGAGGUAUUGAUUGUCAACAUUUGGGAACAUCAGGUUGGCUUGUAUCAGGGCGCGAAUAUGGGUUUAUUGAAGACGGUAUUCGAAGUCAAUUUGCAGUUGUUUCUCAAGGAUAAAAAUACGACUCAUCGCUCCCUCCUUUUCUUUGUCAUUCGUGAUUUCAUGGGCACUACACCAUUGAAGAAUCUGGAAACCACUCUUCUCGAGGAUUUGUCGCGGAUAUGGGCUUCUCUAUCCAAACCCCAAGGCUUGGAGCGCUCCACCAUUCACGAUUAUUUUGACUUUGCGUUUUACGGACUGCCGCAUAAAGGAUACAAGCCGGACGAAUUCGCAGCAGAGGCCAAGAAGCUUGGGUCACGGUUCCGCGAAGGUCGACGCGACCGAAAAGAGCAACUAGUUGGCGCAUCCAUUGAGAACGGUGUAUUCUUGCCCGAGUAUCACCGCAGAAUUCCUGCCGAUGGGUUUGCGCAUUAUGCGAAUGGUAUUUGGGACCAAAUAGUCAACAACAAGGAUCUGGACUUGCCUACACAACAGGAGUUGCUGGCGCAGUUCAGAUGUGAUGAGAUUUCGAGAGAGGUCAUUGUCGCUUUUGAUGAGGCGAUUAGUCCAUUUGAGGAGAAGCAGGCCGCAGGAGUUCGCGCCGGUGAGCCGGUCAUCCUUGGAGGAUUGGGUCCAGUUAUGCGAGGUGCGCGAACGAAGGCUGUCAAGAAUUUUGAAACGGAGGCUAGUCGAUACCACAAGGGUGUCUAUCAAAGAAAACGCGCCGAAUUGGAGGGCAAGAUUGAUACCAGACUAAAAGCGCUCUUCCAGGGUCAAUUGAGUGCAGCUCACAAGUCCGGUGUCAAAGAUUUCAGUGAUGCUGUUUCCAACGCCGUGAAAGCCGGCCAGAAGAAGGGUGCAAGCUACGAUUUUGCCGAGAUCGUCAAGCUGGAAACCAAAGCUGCUCUGGAACGAUAUGAGAAGGAAGCUCGCGCUUCUCUGGUGGAAGGUACUUCGUGGAGUAACUAUAAACAGGAGUUGAAGCUGUAUCAAAAGGAUUUGGCAGAAGUUAGUGGGCAGUUGCGUCGUGACGAAAUGCGACGACUUGCUACAAGAGUGGAGAGAUGGGUACGAUCUCGCCUUUCUGAUUCUGUUAGUUUGGAAUUCAACUCCCUCGGUUCUGGACGUGGUGGUUCUGGUGCGCCAGAAAGUGGCGAGAAGCCCUCAGAAAGUAAGAUUUGGGACCGUAUUUGGAAUUUGUUCGUUGAGACUGUUUUGGAUGCGGAGCGACGAUUUACAGACCGCGCUACUAGUUUUGAUGCUAGCGUUGAUGAGGUGGAUGUUGGUCUUUGGCGGCUCCGAAGGAAGUCUUGGGGCGUCUUGCGUCUCAAGGUCGAAGAAGAGAUGAUGGAGGGUAACCUGCUGCUGAAGCUACGCGAGAAUUUUGAAGAUAAAUUUCGAUACGACGAAGCCGGUGUACCACGUAUCUGGCGCCCUACAGAUGACAUUGAAGGAGUUUACACUCGUGCUCGCGAGUCUACUCUGACCCUUAUACCGCUCUUAUCCAAGUUCCAUCUGGCUGACGACAAUGCACCCCCUCCUCUCGACCGAUGGAUCGGACACACGCCCAGCUCGGCGACUGCCGCUGACGAGGAGGACCUGACACCGAUUGGUGGCGUUGACGAGGAAGAUGGUAAAUCUCUAGAGGAAGAAGUCACCAUCCUCAACGAUGCCAAGCGUCAAGAUUUGACUGUCCGGUUCAAAAAGGCCGCGGACGGAGUUUACGUUGAAGCCAAGCGCAGUGCCAUUGGUGGUAUUACACAAGUUCCAUUGUACUUUUAUGGAUUGCUCCUUGCAUUGGGUUGGAAUGAGAUCUGGGCUGUCCUCCGUAACCCAGCUUACUUCUUCCUUCUCUUCGUCUGCGCAGUCGGCGCAUAUGUAACCUACCAACUCAACCUCUGGGGCCCCAUGCUCAAAAUGGCCGACGCAGCAUCCAAGCAGGCUCUCGAAGAACUAAAGAAAAAAUUGCGAGACUUUCUCGAAGCUUCCGAUACCGGACGCCAGGCCAUGGCCAUGUCGGCAGGAGAAGAGUAUGAAAUGAGCUCAUUGAAUCGAGGUGGCAAGAAGGCCGAGGAUGAGGAUGAGAAUGAUGAUAUUUAG